ACAGUUGACAAGCAACUCUCCAUUCCUGAAAAAUAAUGGAGCGUUCAAACAAUAGAAUGACGUCAGAGAUGUGUUUUAACUUGUGAUAUGAUGGAUUCCCAAACGAAAGGAAAACAGAUAUACCGACUGUCUCGCAAUAGUGCUGCGCAUAUUCGAGGGAAAUCCACGUUACCGAGUUCUAUAUUUAGCUUGGGACUUCCUACUGCUCUCCCAUAAAAAUGUGAGGGAGCGAGCGACCACAGCACAAAGCCGGACGACCCAGACGGACUCGGUGAGCAAGGUGCCCUACGUUGACUGCUGCUACUGCAUAGAAGACACCCUGACAAUGGACGACGAGACGGAGAAUUUUGAACUGGAGUCCAAAGAUAGCGACUAUGAUGACGGUUUUGCAAAAGAACUCUACAGCAAGAGGAGUUUUGUCCGAGAUGAAAUGAGGAUUGUCCUGAUAGGGAAGACGGGAUCUGGGAAGAGUGCCACGGGUAACACUAUCACAGGGCAGAAGACGUUUGAGUCCAAGUUGAGCGGAUCUUCCGUUACAGCCAGAUGUAAAGAAGUCAUGUUCAAGAGAUCUGACAGACACAUUCUGGUCGUGGACACCCCUGGGUUGUUUGAUACACACGCAUCUAAGGCCGAUACAACUAAGGAAAUCAAGAGAUGUGUGCUGCUGACAUCACCGGGCAUCCAUGCUGUGUUUCUUGUCAUCAAAAUUGGGAGGUUUACAGAAGAAGAGAAUAAAACUGUAAACUAUUUCAAGAAGGUGUUUGGAGAGGGAGUGAAGGAUUACCUCAUGGUUAUCUUCACUGGCAAGGAUGACUUGGAUGCAGAGGAGACCACCGUGGAGAACUAUGUGAAGACGGCUCCACCAGAGCUUCAGCGGGUGCUGGCAGAAUGCAACAACAGAUACAUGACUCUCAAUAACAGGGCGUCAAAAGAGGAGAAGGAAGCAUUUGUAAAACAACUCAUUGCCAACAUUGACGAAAUGGUGCAAUCCAAUGGCGGUAAAUGUUACACAACUGUUAUGUUCAAGAAGGCAGAAGCCAUAGUGAAGAAACGAGAGGAGGAAGAAAGGAGGAAGCUGGAGGAAGCAAAGAGAGAAGAACGAGAAGCAGUUGCGCGCAGCAUCAAGGAAAAGUAUGAUGGCGUGUUGCAGGAUCAGGACAUCAAGAUGCAGGGUCUGCAGAAUCACCUGCAGGUGGUGCAGGAGGCGGGCAAAGAGGAACAGAAAAUGCAUCAGCAGGCAGUGGAACAUCUGAAACAAAAACUCGACAGAACUGAAGCUGAGAGAAAGCAAAUUGAGGUUGAUAGAAGGAAGUGGGAAGAAGAGAGGAGGAAGGAGAUGGAGAAGAAAGAGGAGGACAGGAACAAGGCAAUGAUUAUGAUGAUGGACAAGAUGGAGGAAGAUAGAAAGAAGAGAGAACUUGAAAUGGAGAAAAAGAUGAAACUUUUUGAGAAUGAAAGGAAGAAGCGGGAGGAAGAUGCAAGGUUGAGGGAAGCUGAGAGGGAAAAAGAAAGAGAGAAACAGAGGCUGGAACUUAAGCAGCUUGAGAAAGAGAGACAAAAGGAGCUUACAAAUAUGAGAGAAGAACAGAAAAAGCAACAAGAUAUUUUUCAACGAAGACUUGAUGAACAGGCAAGGGAAAAUGCAAGAAAACGGUCUGGAGGUGGAAGCUCCUGUUCCAUCCUGUGAACACGUCAUUCUGAUCUGUAUCAGUGGACGCUCCUCUUGCUGGUAUCCAAUGCAAGUCCCACACAGUAUACAUAAGACUAAUAAACUCAACUACUUUUGUUACCUGUCAUUUUUAACUCUUUAUUCCCGUUUGAUAAGUUUGCGUUUAAACCCAUUUUUGCCAUAUGCAGGUCAGGUUAUGGAAUACUGAAUAAAUGUAAACCUUGCAAGGGAUGCCAUGCCAUUUGAUUGGCUGAACAAGCAAUUUUCGAAGGUAGUACACGCCCACCAGCUGAUUACCGCUUCCUGAUAGGAUCUGAUAAUAAAGUGUUGCAUUAUUGGGUUCA